AUGAGACCAGUAUUGAUCCGAAUGUGCUAUCAACAUUGAAGAAACUGCAAGAUGGAUAUUUUGGAGGAGCCAGAGUUCAAACAGGCAAUUUGUCAGCAUUACUGGUAACUUCAUGCUGCACACAUCUCAGUUUUAUGGAUCUAGGACCUGAUGGUAAGACUCUUGCUGACUGGCUUGCUUCGCACGACAUAAUAGAACCACUGGAGCAUCUGCAUGAAUUCCAGCUUUUAGAGUUUGUGGAAAACCGUGAUGAGUUAACAGUGUACUUAAACCAACUGUUGGAGAGCAAGCCACCGCAAGCUAAUAUUCUGCCAACUGCACAGAAAAAGGGUCUGCAUCGUUUCCGUGCUGCUGCAUAUGCCACACGGGACCUGGUCUCUCUGGUACACAAAGCAAAACGACUUGACAUUCAAAAUGUCUCUCUUUAUCUACCCAGCAGCUUCUUAUCUAUCAGCCAUCCAUCACCUUAUUCUUCGUCUGUAUCUUCAGACGAGACAAAAGACAAUGUAGAGUAUUCAUCAGCCACCCUUAGAAAGGAUUUGCCGAAGAAUGCCUAUGGUGAAAUAGAUUGCAAAGCCUUAGUUGAACAAUUAAAAACGUGCUCAACCUUACAAGAACAGUUCGAGAUUAUCCAUGUAAUAUAUAUGACAAAGGGUAUGGAUUGGGAUACAAAUAUGACGGAUAAUCCUAGUACCACUGUCCGUGAUCUCCUAAUGGAGCUAUACACAAAAGUUGGUAAUGCUCACCAAUGGGGACUAAUCCGUUACAUAUCUGGCAUGCUCCAAAAAAAGAUUGAAGAACUUGAUCAGGCCUGCACAACACUCUUAUCAAAUCAGAAGCAUCUUACUGUUGGCCUUCCUCCUGAACCUCAUGAGAGAACAAUUUCAGCACCUUUGCCACUUAAUGAGCUUACAAAACUGAUUGAAGAAGCUAGCGAACAAAAUGUCAGUUUGGUCAUUCUCACACAGGAAAUCGUGGUUUACCUUGCAAUGUACAUAAAGACAGAACCCAGUCUGUUUACCGAAAUGUUCCGACUGCGUAUUGGAUUAAUUAUUCAGGUCAUGGCAACCGAGCUGGCCAAUUCUCUCAAGUGUUCAGGCGAAGAAGCAACUGAAUAUUUAAUUUCGAUGAGACCUUCUCAUUUGAAGACUCUUCUGCACCAUAUUCUGAGUGGAAAGGAAUUUAAAGUCGAGAAAAAUGGUGAUCAUUCUACUUGGAAACAUAUUUCCAUUCAUGACGUAGAUCACACAGGGGCUACAAAAAGUGAAAGAGCUGGAAUUAGCAAGUUGAAGGUUGAAAUGAAGCAGAUGGAUUCACGUAGAUUUUCUGCUGGUGUAACGAAUAAGGAGACGGAAUCCCAGAUGACAUCUGAAAUUAUGAUUGGUGAAAUGCAAGAGCUGGCAAGUAAGCAAUUCUCCAGUGUGCCUGAGACUUUCGCCACUGUUCCGUUGGAGGACAGUGAUUUCAUUGAUGCACGCUUUGGACAAUGGCUGCGGCGAAGGCGCAUUGAUGGAGCACUCAACAGAGUCCCUGUUGGUUUUUAUCAGCGAGUCUGGAAAAUUUUACAGAAGUGUCGAGGAUUGGCUUUUGAAGGUAAUGUUCUCCAAUCGACUACAACGGAAGAGAUGACACCCGGUGAAAUUAAAUUUGCUGUUCAGGUAGAAACUUUCCUGAACAGUGUGCCACAGCCAGAGUAUCGGCAGCUUCUUGUGGAAACUAUCCUUGUCCUCUCAAUGCUGGCUGAUACAGAAGUACAAAUUAUUGGUGAAAUAAUUUAUGUUGAUCGCAUUGCACACAUGGCAAAUAAUUUAUUUAUUGAAGAACAGAGUGCUUUGGGUGCUGAUGAUAUCAUGCUGGAAAAGGAUCCUGCAAAUGGAAUUUGCAAGUUGCUAUAUGACAGUGCUCCAAGUGGUCGCUUUGGUUCCAUGACCUAUCUUUUGAAGGCUGUAGCCAUAUAUGUGGAUGAAUUCUUACCUGAUAGCGGGUGCACAAUGCAGUAAACUGAUGACGUUUAUGUAAUCUAAAUCAAAAGACUGUACACAAAUGCUGUGUCCAAGGCCUACAAUGCGCAGCAUUAAAUUUGGAUGUUACCAGCAUUGUUCAUCCAAAAGCUGUGAAGUCCAUGUUGCAUCAUUUAUAGCUGCCAAGAAGAAAUUACUAAAUGAAGUUCUUAAAUCAAGCGCACAUUACUGUUUCCUUUUAACACAAAACGGCCAAGAUCUGAAAUGAUUUUACACAUAUCUUUUUAAUACAACAGCAAGUACAGAUAAAUUGCGUCAUUGAAUAAGGGAAAUGUUUACACGUGGCUAAAAGCAUGUUAUUUAUUGCAUACUGUUGGGCUGGAAAGCCACUUAUUGCAGCUUAUGGUUAAAGUAUCUAGCCCUGUAUAAACUCCUUUUUAAAAACAAUACUAAAAAUACUGUGAUAUAUGUUGAGAAAAGUAUAUUUUUUAUUGAAGCCAUCUUAAUUUAUGUUAGCAAAAUGAUAAGUUCAGUGAUGCGUGCAAGCACCUCUUCUGACCAUCCUGAUGUCUCUCAUUGCAUGACAUCCAGCACACACAUUAAGAUUUACACUACUUUUACAGAGUUAAUGAAGCUAACCUCAGGAUUCAAUAAUUUUAAAAUAGUUUUUCUCAUCCUGAAGCAAAAUUUUAGAUAUCCUGGUGUUUGAUUUGCAUUUCCUUUUCUAUAUCUUUUAAAAAGAAAUUUACAUUUUGACAGUGAUGAUCAAGGUAAUGUUACUGUCUUAUCUAGAGUAUUCUAUAAGAAGAUUAAUUUUCAAAGUACACUUUGGUUUUAAAAAAAUCAUAAAGAAGAGAAAUAGAUAUCUAUUUUGAUGAUAUGUUUGCUAUUUUGCAACCUGCUUAACAGUUUGCUUUUAGUUGAGCUAUUUAACCUACUAAUGUGCCUUCAUCAUUUCAACACAGGGCAUUUAAGUCUGAUGAACUUUAGUAUGGUUUGCUAUUGUAAUCAUUAUGCUGCUCAAUUAUAGGAAUUUUGUAUGUGUAAUGCAAGAAUUUGUAGAGGCUGGUACUUCAAGGUAUAAAUGAACAUUGUAAGUAAGUGGUAUAAAAUUGUUUGGCAGUUAAGACUACGUGUUUAAUGUUUUAAAUGAUGCUUAUGGAAAUGUCAUACUCUGAUCACUGAUAUUGCCUUAAACUGUAUCAGAUACAAGAGAGAAAAGAUCAGUCACUCAUCACUUUAAUAUUUUUUCCAACCUCACCAAAAAUCCUGCACUGUUUAGUUUAUAAAAGCUUUUAUUAAAACUAUGAAUUCAACGAAGUUGU